CGCGACAACUUCCGGGCUAGCGCAGGAAGUCUCGCGCGAGCGGAGCCGCGGGGCGGUGCGGCGGCCCCGGGCCCGCCGCGCUCCCUCCCUCUUUCCUUCCCUCCUUCCUUCCUUCCCUCCUUCCUUCCUUCCCUCCUUCCUUCCUUCCUUCCUCCCUUCCGCCGCCUCAACCGGGCCCGCCCCACCCCGCCAUGGAGGCGAAUCCGCCGAAGCGGAAGGAGACGCGCAAAUCGCUGAGGAUUAAAGUCAUCUCCAUGGGCAACGCGGAGGUGGGCAAGAGCUGCAUUAUAAAGCGUUACUGUGAGAAGAGGUUUGUUCCCAAAUACCUGGCGACUAUCGGUAUCGACUACGGCGUCACAAAAGUGCAAGUCAGAGACCGAGAGAUCAAGGUGAACAUCUUUGACAUGGCGGGGCACCCGUUCUUCUAUGAGGUGAGGAACGAGUUUUACAAGGACACACAGGGGGUCAUCCUGGUCUACGACGUCGGGCAAAAGGAAUCUUUCGACGCGCUGGACGCGUGGCUGGCUGAGAUGAAGCAGGAGCUGGGGCCCCAUGGGAACAUGGAGAACAUGGUCUUCGUGGUCUGUGCGAACAAGAUCGACUGCACCAAGCACCGCAGCGUGGAUGAAAGCGAGGGGCGGCUCUGGGCAGAGAGCCGGGGCUUUCUUUACUUUGAGACAUCGGCACAAACAGGAGAAGGAAUCAACGAGAUGUUUCAGACAUUUUACUCUGCCAUCAUCGACCUGUGUGACAACGGCGGGAAGCGCCCUCCUUCCAGCAUGGGGGUCAGCUUCACCAAAGAGCAGGCGGAUGCCAUUCGCAGGAUCCGCAACAGCAAGGACAGUUGGGACAUGCUGGGAGUCAAACCCGGAGCCACAAGGGAUGAAGUGAACAAAGCCUAUCGGAAGCUGGCUGUGCUGCUCCACCCCGAUAAGUGUGUGGCUCCCGGCAGCGAGGAUGCCUUCAAAGCAGUGGUGAACGCCCGGACGGCGCUUCUCAAAAACAUCAAGUAGGGAACAGAGCCAUUCAGAGCUGGAAACCUUCCCCUCUUCCCAGCUAGCUCCCCGGCAGCCGUACAGCCCUGGGGCACCCCUCUCCUCCUCCUGUUUACCGCUGGCGUGGACACAGACGCUCCCAGCACUGGCUGUGGGAGCAGGACAGCAUCCCACCGUAGCGUGAUUGCGAUGUGCUGCUGAGGAGGGGAGAGGGACCCCAGAGCCCUCCCUGCAAUCUGUGGCCCCAGGUCGUGGUUGGUGUAAAGGCUGAAGGCAGUGAGGUCCCCUCCUGCGUUACACCUCCCAGCUCUGGAGGGGUUUGGAUGCGUGGCUCUAAGGUGUGGAUGCAGCGAGGGCAGAGCGAGGUCUGACCCGAAGGCUACUGCUCCUGCAAGCGGUGGUGGUGUGGGUGGAGGAUGCCCAGGAGGGACAAGGGGUUGGCAGUCCAUCUGGGUUUCCUUGGAACCCGUGCUGAAAGCUGCGGGGGCACUGCCAAGCACCGGGGCGGGUCAACUCCCUGGUCAAAGCUGGCUCCUUCCAGCUGACACCCAACGAUGCUUUUUUUUGUCCGGAAGGAGAAGGAGGUGUUGCUUGAGGAAACCUCUCUGGUACCACAGGGAGAAACUGGUUCCGAGUUUUUUUCCCCUUCCUCCCCAAGCUGUCCUGGUGCCAAGAAGCAUCCCUUUGGCAGGACUAGGGCUCUCCCCAGGCACCCACCUCCUCAUCACAGCACGGAGUCUCCUACCACCACCUCCUUCCAUCUCCCUGAGCUCAACUCAUUGGGAAGAACCCCUAAGGCUGCACGUUCUCCCUUUCUCCCAGCCCUCUGCUCCCGCCGCGCUGGCGAGCUCUGGGGUGGGUGCCGCUGUCCCCCGUGGGGUACAGUCCUUGGGUGCUGGUGGCCCUGGAUAUUUACAGGCAGGAGGAAGGUGCUGACCCAAGGAGGAGGCAGUUCAGCCCGCCUGUCAGCUCUGCCCUUCCUCCCCUCGGCCAGCCUCAUCUCCCGAGCUUCACCCACUCCACAGAGCUGCGUGGGUGCCUGCGAUCUGCCCACGCGCACGGGUUCGGUGAGUGGCAGAGGGGGCAUGUUCUCCCCCAGCCCUUCUUUCCUCACAGCAGCAGUUACGGGUUGCUGAUCAGCAGGUGGGUGCAGGUUGCUCCCCCCUAGUCACAGCUGCUGUUUUUUUUUUUUUUUUCCGAUAGUCUUGUUAAUUUAGAGGGGAGUGUUGCUGGUCACCCCAACAAGUGCUUGCAGAGGCUUAAGAUCUGGCCGUUGUGAUCCCAAGGGAGGGUCAGAGCUGUGAUGGUUGCCAGGCUCUUGGGGAAGACCAAACAGGAGAUUCCUUGGGCUCCCAUGGUUUUGUCAGGACCCAGUUCUGUUUCCUUGCUGCUCUAUGAGAUUGGCAGGGGAGGUCAGGACACUCAGCUAUGAAAAGAAAGCCACGGAGUGUGUGCAUGUGUGUCCCUACCCCACCCUCCAGGUAUUCUGUUCAAACAUGGUUUCUCCUAUGGUCAGUGCAAUAUUUUUUUUUUUUUUUUUUUUUUUUUACUUCAAGGCAGCUUUUCUGUGUUUCCCCUUCAAAAUACAUCAUAAACCAACAGUAGAUUCCACCCCCCGCUCCUCCCCCUUUUUGGCAGCAAGCAUUAAGGGACUUUAAAGCCAGUGUCAUUUUGUUCUUGCUCUGUUUUUUGGUGCUGUGUUGCUGGGAAGAAAUAAGCUGUCCUGCUGGGAAGCACUUUUUGCUCCUCUGAUGUAGAUAUAUCCAAGGGGAGAUGCUGCUACAAGAGGUUAAUAUUUAAAAUGGCUCCCUUUUUCUUCUCCCAGACAUAUAAAAAGCUGGGCUGGGGGAGAUCAGCAGGUCAGGCAUUGGAGCUGUGGCAAGUUGCACUGAUGGGGUCUUACUCCACACAUUUUAUAACGCUGUGGAGUUCACUGGAAACCUCCCCACUUGUCUAAUGGAGGAAACCACUUAAUUCUGGCUUCAAAACUAUUCCUCUGUGGUUUUGGUGGGUUGUUUUGUUUUGUUUUCUCAUUGAGGAGGGUAAAUAAUUCUGUUGCUGAAUGGUGCACUUCGCUUUGAGGGUGAGAUCUCAGUGCCUGGAGUGGUUUGAAGGCUUCCUGCUGCUCAGGGGCUCUCCAGGUCUGCUGUGCCACGCGCGGUCCCUCCUGUUUGCUCUUCAGGUGACUGGCCACCGGUUUUGGGGUUUCUCCCGUCUGUUCACCGAGCUGACCGGAUGUUUGGAGAUGAUUACCCACGCAUGUCACAUCUAGCGAUGCCGGUGACCUUCUAAGUUGUGUUAUUUUUAUAAAUUAAACCCCACUUUGGAACAAA